AUGUCCUCAGGUGUCACCACGAAGAUCCGCCAGAAACUCGAAUUCCACGAUGAAGCCCGAUGGAAGCAGUUCUCGGCCCGCCGAUUGAAACUCAUUGAGGACAACAAGCUCUUUACCAAAAAGGCCAGCGACCAGGACCAUCAAGUUAAAAGCGUGGCAGAAAGCUUGCAAAUCGAGUUCGGCAUCGCCAAACAUCAUUUAGAAGACGUUGAUAAGUUGGUUCGGGCGGCAAUUCAGAGUAUCAGAAGAAACAGAAAGAGAUCAUCGAAGAAAAAACAUCCUGAUGACGAUGAUGACACUGGCGAACCUGCAACAAUCGUCAUCAAGUCCUAUGUCGGUAACCCUAGCAGCGGCAACAGUAAUAAAAGACGUCGUGAUCAUGAUAACGGCCACGAUGACGCUGUCAACGCCGGUGAUGAAUCUGAUGCGUCUGACACGUCCGUUGCCUCAAAAUAUACCACCAUCAGCAAUGGUACCGCCCCAACCGAGAAUAUCACUACCACUGGUCGCCCAGAUAAAUUCCUAAAUGACAUCAUGAACGUGGACCGACUUUCCCAAGACUCUAUGGUCGAAUCAUUUGUCACAAAUUACUCAAAAAAGCAAAAAUUGUCACUGCACGACAUGUCAAGGAUCGCUAUUGGGUCGUUUGUUAAACUGUCUCUUGAUGAACCAGUUUUCCCAGAUAAUCCACCGCCCCUCACUGCUGCUGGGCCUGAUAGUCCAACCAGCAACAACAUUACCACCACCACCAACAAUCACGACGUUGAUGAUGUUGGUGACAGCAUGCGUGGCUAUUGUUCCCCAGACUUGGCACGCCUGAUCCAUGCUUACGCAACUUCCAGCCGUCGUGCAUUGCUCGAUAUGAUCAAGAAAAGCAAAACCUGUUCAGAUGCCGUUGCUGCCGCUGAUUGGAUCGUCGCUAGUAAUUCUAGUGUAUAUCAUUUGGGAAAAUCACUUAUUCCAAGUGCCGUGGCGUUGUUAUUGUGUCACAUUUUCCCGGGACCAACCGCCACCAAUUCUAGCUCAAUCGAAUACAUUCGUCUCAAACUUUGUAGCCCGGAAAUUAUUGGCAAAGUCUUAAGAAGCUUGGAUUACGCCACUCCUGAUAUAUCAACCUUGAAUGAUGAUGCGGCCACUUCCACUUUAUAUUAUCUCAUUGGUGCAUGUGCUUUUGAUUUUUCUCCAGGCCCAAUGUUGGAACCUCUUGCGUGCGUUUUACAUGAAACCAUCCUUCAAGAUUUUCCAGUGAUCAAAUUAUCUCAUCACUAUCCUCCCGUCUCAAGUGUCCAAAAUGGUAAUGCUACCCCUCAAAGUGUGGAAAUUAGAUUCCGUGAUAAGACUAUCGACCUCACUUUUGAUUCCCGCACCGCCGCAAUGCCAACGGUUCUUGAAGUGGUACACAACUCCCGGAAAGCUUUCUCUAUUGGGGCUAGUGAAGUCUUAGCCUUGAGAGACCAAUCAAGUGGUGGAAGAAUUAUCAAUACUGACAGAGACCUCGAACAGGUUUUCAGUCGUGGUGGGAAUGUCCGUCUUGAAUUAUGUUUCUUGGGAGAUAAAUCUUAUUUUUCUUCUAGUACCACCUCAUCUACUGCUACAUCUCCUCUUGCAACUAGGUCCCAUUGCAUUCAUCAACCUAGGGCUUCUAGCUUGCCUACCCUUGUCCCAACAUUACCACCUUUCUCUGCUUUAGGUUCUGCUAUCCUGCGUGGCGCAAAUGGUAAUGGCUUGCCAUCACCACCACCAACCACUUACAAAACCCAUCAAUUCGAUCACAAUUCAUUGAAUCCAUACAAGAUCACAAGCAUUCAAAGCUAUACUAGAUCUCCAGUUCGUCCAGCUAUGAAAGCUUAUGUUCCUCCACGAUUCGAAAAGUUGUUGUGA